AUGUCUACUCCUACAAAAACAAGAGGGAAGCGCGCGCUUCCAAGCCUUCCUUCUAAUAGAGCGGCUAGUUCUGAUCGCAUGGUUACAACGACGCCGAAAUCGUCGAAAGUUAUCUCCAAGAAAACAAAUUUGGACUCUGUACGCGUUGACGUGACGAAGAACAGAAACUACCCCUCACAGCAGAAGCAAAAGAACGGCACGAUUAUGAAUUCGAAGGCACCAUCAACAGAUUUGAUUUCAAGAAGGAAGGAUCUUUCCUCAAGCGAGAGUGGUUCCAACACAAGUUCUCCUUUAAACUCUCCGCGAGCAUCACGUAAGGCAACUGUGGGGCCGAUGGUGGCUGGGAUUAUAGACAAGUUUUCCAGCACAUCACAGACAUCAGGGGAAGGAAACGUGGUCAAAGAAGAGACAUCAGGGACAAUUGGUUCGGAGAAAAAGAUCGCGCGUGUUCUGCCAAUGACACCCCAGUUUAUUGAGGAACACCUGGUUACAAAUACAGAAAGUGAUCCUUCGUCGACCAAACCGUAUGACGAUUCUUCUUUGAUUAUCAAUAAACUGCAAUCCACGUUGGGGUUGUUGAAAGGCAAUGAUGGAGGGAAGGGCUUUGAAGACAAAAUGGAUUCAGGUGUUCCGCCGGCUUUAAAACCAUCCAUGUCAACAGCACCGCAACAAGUGUCUUCCGCUUAUGGCGAUGGAGAGGGUUCGAGUGUGAGGGUUGGUGUGAGAGUUCGACCUUUCUUACCAAGGUAAUGUGAUACUUUUUUUGUGUUAAUGCGAUAAGAAUUGACCAUAAGAAUUGUCUCGAGCGGGAAACAGUCUGCUAUUUAAAAGUUGUUUGUUUGUUUGGUGUUUGGUGAGCGUGUAAUGUACAAUUACAAUAUCACAUUUAAUGUUUAUCGUGAUCACGAACAUGUGAAGCAGUUGUUUAAGAUUUGGUAUUUGUUUUCGCGAAAAAGCUGUUUGGCGACGAAAGUUGGGGGUUCUCUUUCGAUAUAUGUGCACUGUAGAGAACAAUGAAACAUGCUUUGCGAUAUUGUGUGAGUCCCUACUUGUGUGACUUCAGUUUGACCGGAUGUUGUUUAGAACGUGUUCGAGUUGCUCUCGAGUUCGGUCGCUUCCUUCGACUUCGUUGUUACUGCACGAUCAAAGGUUCUGUAAAGCAGUCAAGAAAUCUUGCGUCGUGCCAGUCUUGUUUACAAAAUUACAUUCUUUCUCAAUGACGCGUUAAUUAAAAACUCUUUACUUCAUUUGUGUCCAUCUUGGGUGAUCAACUCCAUUGUUUCUUUUCAAAAAGACUUAGAGAUAAUCCCAUGUUUAAUAAAAGAGGCUUUAAAAUGGUUGAGUUAGCUCUCUUGUCUCAUUGAUCACUAUCAACUCAUAAGUGUUCUUUUUCCACUUUAGCCAGUUUGAGAUCAACAUAGUAUUCAAACUAUGCAACUCAAGAAAUGCUCUUGGAAUUUGCAAAUUCAUGAGAACGAAUAUUACUCUUUCUCUUAUCUGAAUAAACAAACUAAGUAGAGGUGUCAAUCAUAGCACAGAUGCGACAAAUUACAAUUGGCAAUUAACAUUUGUUUGCACUGUGUAAUCUGAAAGUGUGGUGAUUAGAAAGCAAAAGUUAUUUUUAGUUUCAAAGCGAAGUUGCAAUGUUAUAACUGUAUAAUGUACUAGGAAAGAUAUCUGACAAACUGAAAGUGCUAAUGUCAGUGUCAGAUCCGGGAUCUUGCCCUGAAUUAAUAGCCUCUCUUUGAGCUGCAGGAGACUUACAAAGACAAAUGGUAGUGUUUUAAUCUUGUGAAUUUUCCUUUUUUUAGCCCUGUCUUUGAUAAGAUGAGUUAAAAACAAAACAAACAAAAAAACCACAAUGUAUUAAUUUUAAGCCCUGCCCUCAUAUUAACAUCUCCAAGGUCUAGUUCAUUCAAGCCCUUUCUGCAUGGAUUACUUCAUUUUUUUUUGAGUCAUUGCCUCACCACCCUAUUCUUUUCACAAAUAUUUAACAUGUUUUCAUAAAUAAAAGUUAGCUAGCUUGGUUUCAGAGAUCAAAGUAAUUUCUGUGAUUCAAAUUUUGUUAACAAGUUACAAACUUUCCCUUGUAUUAAACCACCUACCAGUAUAUCCAAGAACUGAACCUCAAAGAUCAUGUCUCAUACAUCUUGAUGAUAAGUUUUCCUUGUGAGCAGUAACCAGGCUUAAAUAUUAGCUCAUCGGUGGAAGAGAAAUGGUCGCUAAUUCACAGAAAAUUGUACCAGGGUGAAAUAAUAGCUAUCAGUUUCCUGUACAGCUUUCUGAACCUCUGUCUUUAAUAUUCAUUGAGUUUUAGUCAAAUUAUUUGUGUAAUACAGCUUGUAUUUGGUGUACAGUCUUAUGAGCUACUUCCUUCAAAGUGAUACAUUCUUUUUCAUUAUUCACAGAGAAGAAAAGGACCCAAACGUGAAGCUGUGUAUUUCUAUGAAGGAUCAUGAAACUAUUAUCACUUCAGAUGCUGGUAUGGAAUAUCAGUUUAAUUACGAUUACUCCAUUUGGUCAUUUGAUCCUAAAGACCCUAACUAUGUUGACCAAGAGAAGCUUUACAAGUUGAUGGGACAGCCUCUUCUAAACAGUGCUUUUGAGGGAUAUAACACCUGUCUUUUUGCCUAUGGCCAGGUAUGUAAAUGUAAACUUAUGUGUGAGGGACUGGCAUGUAAUUUCUCCCCACAGUAUCACCAUGGAGACAAAUUUUUAAAGGUCAUGAGAACAAAGACACUCUUGAUUAGUAAACAAAUUCACUGUACCAGUGUCGCAGGAAGUAUAUAGAGAAGGUGUAAGGAAGAUGAAUUAUUGAUGUGAGGAUAUAGAGGAUUAAAAUUUUUACAGAAAAUGAUUAUCCUAUAUCUGUAGUUAUAGAAUACACUCAGGAUUAAUCAAAAGGUGUUGGUUACCUUUUCAAAUCACAUUCCACCUUAAUAUCACUUAUUGUGAGUUAGCACUAUCUAUGAGAUGACUACUCAGCUAAGAUUAACUAUACUUACAUCUGAUAAUUAAAAUAUAUCAAAAUAAUUGAGAUGGUAAUCAAUCAUACUGUACUGAAAGUAAGCUUUAAAAUACUUUGAAGACACCCUUGUGUGCUUGAUAAGAUUUGAUGAUGAUUAAAAAUAUUUUUUUAGGUAAUCAUUUGUCUCCUGACAUAAUCACUUCCAAAGUGGAGUGUCACAUUUUGGAGUAUGACAAUUUGUUACUGCUGGUCUUCCUCUUGCCACAAGGUUGCCUCUUCUCAUGUCACCUGAUAUAACAAUAUUCUGAGCUGUGAUUCAAUAACCUGUAAAGCUCUGACUUUUGUAAACAUUGAAUUUAAUUUCACUCAUAUUUUCCUCCUUACAGACAGGAUCAGGGAAGUCUUAUAGGUGAGUCUUGAACAUUAAUAGAUUCUUGUGUCUCACCUUAUAAAGCUACUGGUAGCUGCUAAAUGAAAUGCAUGGGUAUAUGUAUCUUUUGCAUUAAGUAUGGAACUUUUGUCACUUUCCUUCCAGUAACUGAUCUCUUAUUUUAUGCAGUGUUAUGGGCCAGGGAGAUGAAAUUGGUAUUUUGCCAAGAUUCUGUGAGGAGUUGUUUGAGAGGAUCAAAUGUUGGAAAGAGGUAAACUUCAUCUUUCCUUUUUACUUGUGGGAGGAAAAUGAGAUUUGUUUUUUUUUUAAGAAACAGUUUAAGUACCUGAAGUAGUGGACAGUUAUUUCCCAAUUUUGUUUUCCAGUUGUUGUUGUUGGUUUUUUUUUAUAUAAACAUACUGCCUCUCUGCUGUUGCCAUUUCCCCUUUCCAAUUGAAAGUUCUUAAUAAAUUUGGUAAAGAUAAGAUAGUUGUACAAUUCUUUGAUUUUUUCUUUUCCUUGAUGUGCACAGCUGCAGUUCACAGUGGAAAUAAGUUACUUUGAAAUUUAUAAUGAGAGGAUUCAUGACUUAUUGGCAUCAAGUAAAAAGAAAGAUGGCAAAAGGGCUCAGGUAAAUUAUGCGCUACGUGAAUUCUUAUAACAUCAAUGAACUUUGAAAAAUGAAUAUGUACAUAAUGUUUUAGAAGUACAAUUUGCAUCAUUAGGGGACAGAAGUACUGAGUAUAGAUGAAGUUGUCAAAAUUAUUAUUAAUAACUUCAAUACUAAUAAUAGUAAUGAGUGAAAAAGAAUUAAAAUGACUCAGCCAAAAAUUAAACAAAGGCUCUUUAUGCAUUUAGCCUUUCAUUUAAUUACAACUAUAUUGUCAUUUUUGGCAGUUGAGGGUCAGAGAGCACCCAAUCUUGGGACCAUUUGUUCAAGACCUGACUACGUAAGUACCAUUCAUGUACCAUGAUAUUUUUAUAGCUUGUGCAGGGGCAGAUCUAGGGUUUUUCUUUGGAGAGGAUGCACCACUCUAAGGAAUGACAUUACUCACGGGUGACUUGAACAAAUUCUAAGAAGAUGGCUCAAUUAUAAUGUAAACAGCUGACAACACAUGUAUAUGAUAAUGUAAUUAUAAGAAAGCAGAGGGUCAUCUCAGGAGCAGAGGGGGGGGAAAUGGGUUUUGCAACCCCUGUACCCCUUCCUUAGAUCUGCAGCUGUUGUGUACAAUUCUCUUUACAUGUAUUGGAUAACUAGAAUUUGAUAGAGACACUGUGUAGUUGUUUUUCACUUUAUUUGUUUUGGUAAGUCUGAAAAUUGUUUGUUUCAUUCUAUACAUUUGCAAUUUUUAGUACUCCCAAUAAAUUUUAAAGUUUCCUUUUUUCAAGUGAGUACUUCUUGGUAACUCAGUGAUCCUGCUUUGUGCCUGAAGAAUCUUCAAUAUGUUUUUCUUGGAUUCCUCUUCAGGUACACUGCAAGUUCAUAUGCAGAUGUUGAGGUGAGGAAGAACAUCAUCACUUACUAUGUGGACUUAAGAGUCCAUACUGCUAAUCUUCCAGAGUUGAUUUCCACAAUAGUCUUAAUCGUUAUUUUGAGACAUUUUACAUUAAUUUAUGAGUUAUUUUUGUACGAUUUGCAUCAGUUUUCAACAUUUGUAAGUCAUGUCAUAAGAAAUCAAAACAUCUUGCUAGUAAUGUCAGCUCAUGGAAAUGGGACAAUGAGGAAAGAUAAUUCCAACGAUGCCACCUGGUUGCAAAUAAAUCAGGUUCUUAUGCAGGCAUCUGAUAUCAAAUUCUAAGUCACUGGAGGCAAACAGAAAUUGUCUGAGCCAUUAACUAUGCUUCACUACAAUUAAUUUUGGAUUAAAUUCUGUUUGGAAUGCUCCUGAGGUUUGCUCAUCUGAAUAGAUAUGAUAAGUAAUUAUUAUUUUACUCUAUCAGACCAAAGAUAAAGAUGACUGCAUGUGUAGAUGUUAUUGAAAGCUAAUUUGAGUUUGUAUCAUUUUUUGUCUUCCUUCCUUUUUUCUCUCCAGUCUUGGCUAGCUGUUGGAAAUAGUAUCAGAGCAACAGCAGCCACAGGAAUGAAUGACAAGAGCAGUCGCUCUCACUCUGUUUUCACCAUGGUCAUGACACAGACAAGGGUAAAGCAAACAAACUUGUUUGUCUUUAGACUAUGAUCUUUGAGUUAUGCAUUCAUUUUCAUGGAGUUUCAUGUGAGAAAAUGAAGGCUUUAAUCCUAAAAUGAAAUACUUUGCUUUCCUUUUUAAAUAAAUCUCAGCCCUUUCAGUGAUGGGCAAGAGAUAAUAUAUUUAGUCUGCUUUGUUGUGACUUUGGCCUUGGAAAAAUCAUUUCCGAGAGAAAGUAUGAAUUGUGUGUACCCUUCCCUACUCACCCCAUACAGUAUACUGUCUGUCAGAUGUAUAUUAGCUUCUUCAUGGAUUGAUCUUGAACACUUUCAGAUCAACAUGAAUUAGUUAAAUGUGCCUUAAGGUGAGAAAAUACAACGUAUUUAAUGGUUUUCAGAACAGUUUUCAUUGUUUAUUUUAGGGUGGUUUAUAAAUUAUACAUUAUAAUGAUUGUCAAUCUCGUUUUUACUUAUAGACUGAAAUAUUUGAAGAUUCAGAAACACAGAUGACCACAGCAAGUAAAAUAAAUCUGAUUGACUUGGCUGGAAGUGAGAGAGCAAGUCAGGUGUUAAAUGACCAAGUGAUCAAGACAUCAGAGAUCGCAGCACUAAGACUCAAGGUAAUAUCCAAAAAAAUGUCCAAAGGACAAGCCACUUGUUAAAUAUCAUUAAUUACCUUGUGUGUUCAACCCACUCAAGUAUGAGUGAUUAUUUAUGGCAUACCUUGCACAUAGCAAAUCUGUUUAUAUGGAAAUAGUUAUUAUUUUAGCAUAUCAGUCAAAGACAUUUAUUAAUGACAGAAGAACCAUGCCAGAAUUUGUAUCCUGAAAUUGAUUCCUAGAGCUUUUUGCAAGAACUUCACAACUUAUCAAAGUUUCCUAAAGGAUAGUUAUGCAAUGGAAGAAAAACAAAGUGAAAUAAAGAAAUGCCUUGCCCAGUAUGCUAAGUGAGAAAAGGAAGAAAAACAAAAUGGAGGAGUUUAUGGUUUUUUAAUUUCAGGAAGGAGGCAGUAUCAACAAGUCCUUACAUACACUUGGUAAAGUGAUAUCUCUACUGUCAGACAGAGAAGCUCAGUCUAAGAAGAAAAUGUACAUACCUUACCGAGACUCCACUCUGACAUGGUAGGUACAUGUAUUUGGUAAAUGUUUUUUUACUGAGUGUAUAGGGUACAAAGUAUCUGUAAAGAAAUUAUUCAGUAUUUCAGACCUUGAUUGCUUAGUAGUUGGUGGAUUGUUUCUUACUAUUCUUUGUUGCCAUUGAAGCUUUGGCCCUCUCAAGGUGGCUAAUAAUUAUUGAGAAGUCACAAGUGAAAAAAUGAAAUAAACAUGGUUCUUGUACUUUGCAGGUUACUGAAGGACAGUUUGGGGGGAAACUCUAAGACAGCGAUGAUAGCAAACAUCAGCCCUGCAAGCACUUCAUUUGGAGAAUCACUGAGUACAUUGAGAUAUCCUUUUUGAUAGAAAUCAGAGCUUCCUUCCAAGUGAAAAUAAUAUUUUGCCAUGCCUCUUGACAUUCUUUUAUAUUUUUGUGAUUCUCCUGCUCUCCAAGUUGAAGAGAGAAGUUAUUAUCACUGUUACUUGUGGCUCAUUGGUCCUCACAACAUGUAAGCUGCAAUUAUAAUUUUUGAUAGGAGAGCCCCAAAAAAUGAUCAAGCUUUGAUGAAAUUAAACCUGUGCCCCCUCACUACACGUUAGACGGUACUAUCAACUACGAUGCCACAUGUUUGAGACAGGGCAAAUUUUAAUGGGUUGUUUCUGCCAUGAAAAGAAAUUUCACCAUGAGUUAUUUAUUAUAUCAUUGAUAUAUUAUUUCAUAAAAGUAUUUAUAUUUUCAUUAGUGAUUCAGGUGACUCAUGUGAUUGGCACCCAGUAGGUUAACAUAGCUAGGUACUGUUCCUUCUUUUCUUGACUACUCUCAAAUAUGCCCAGAGAGCGCGUACGAUCGUCAACAGAGCAAUCAUAAACGAGGAUCCAAAUGCAAAAAUCAUAAGAGGUAAGUUGAUAAAAUGUGAGUGGUACAUGUUGGUGAUUAUAAAAUGUGUUUUGCCACUGUAGAAGUGUUUGUAAACAAGAGAACACGAUGAAAGAAAUGGACCACAGGAAAAAAAAAUUUUCAGGAAGAAAAUUCAAUGUGGUUUACAACAUAAUAUAGGGUACAGCUAAUCUUUUUUUGUAACCUGUUUGACCGAUGUCUUUUCUUCGGUAGAGUUGUUACUGAUACAACUGGGUAAGGCUCGACUAGCACCGAAGUGCCCAACAACUGUCCAAAGUGAAGGGCAGGGUACCUUUCACCCUCCCUCUCUCCCCCCCCCCCCUUCUCUCUCUCUCCAGGGAUAUAGAGUGGCGAAGAGUUGUUGAGGAUGGUGUGAACCGUCCAUGGCUUGGUGAAUCUUUCCCUGAGAUUUAGAGUAACCUUUUUUAUUUUUCUCCAGAAUUAAAAGCUGAGAUCGAGAGGUUGAAACAGUCUCACGUUGAGGGGAACCAGCAGAUAAGCGCCAGAGCUCUGGCAGAAGUUGCUUCGUUGAGAGAGAAACUUAAGGAGACACAACACCUAUUGGCUGAGUCAACUCGGUGAGUGAGUCUGUGUGCGCAAUUUUUUUUUCCUUUUCUUUCCGUCGGCAUUUCUUUUUGUGUGUGUUACGUGAAUCGAAGAUCCGUGAGUGUGUUUGAUUUUUUUCGUUCCUCAUUCUUUGCUUCUUUUUUUGUCGCGGUUUUGUUAUCUAGAAAUGUUAACGAUUUUUCCCGGCGGCGAAAUUUACGUUAGAGGAAAUGGCUGGAAAUUUUUCUAAUCCAACAACACUUGAACGAUCUUUCUUUGAUUUCCAUGUCGAUCUUAACAAAAAUAUGAUUUUCUGAAUUUACUGAUUUUGGAACGGUCUCUUUUCAGUACCGUUCAUCUGCGUUCCUUCCUUAACAAGUAUGGAAUCGUGUUUCAUUGUUUUGAGACGACAAUUUCAGUCUGUACAAUCACAGAGUGUAAUCGGAGAGUUGGCUGUAAUCGGACACCUGUAAUCGGACAGUUGAAGCAGCCAAUCAUACUAAGUCCACUCAGCUAGAUCCACCAAUCACAGAAUUGAUCACAAUAACCAUAGAAACAACCUCUUAUCCUGAAACAACAGCAACAAAAAAAACUGAGAAAUUUGCCAGAGAUGUUUGUCCUAUAUGUAUUUGUUUUUUCGGAAAUUGUAACAGUUAUUAUAAAUUGGUUAUAAGACUGAGUGGAGUCCAAUUCUGUCUGUAAUCAUACUCGAGAUUAACAAAUCGGAUUUUGGCAAUCAUUUGUAUGAUUACAGACCGAAUUGGACUCCACUCAGUCCUAUUACCAUUAUUAAUCAUUCCAUUUCUGAACGCGGUUUCACUUGUGUCACCAACUAAUAACUAUACCUGCUGUCACAAGUGACUUGUUUUAGAUUAUAGUGAAAGUUUUUCAGGCUAUUUCUUAGAUGGUAUAUUUGAUGUCUGUUGUUUCUGUGCUUCGCUUUUAAGGAACUGGCAGGAAAAACUUGCGUUGACGGAGAAAAGGAAGCUGGAAGAAGCAGAAAAGCUCAAGGUAUGAUGAACGCAUCACUAGACACUUGCGUUUACAUAAAGCUUUUCUCUUACUUAACGUAAUCCUUAAUUAAACUGCGUUUUCUUUUCUGUCUUUCGUCACAGAAAGCAGGCAUCUCUUUUAAAGUGGAUAAUCGGUUACCGAACCUCGUCAAUUUGAACGAAGAUCCUCAGCUGUCGGAAAUGUUGCUGUAUAUGCUGAAAGAAGGUUUGCGUUCCUGAAACUUCUGUUCUUAGAUCAAAGGUGCAAUUAUUUGGUUGGUUUCCUUCUGUUUUCUGACGCCAAAGUUACAGGCUUGAAGAAAAAAGUUUUAAAAUUGUAUGGUCAGUUUCCCUGUUUUCCCCAUGGAAAUUUUCUCGAUUACCAACAAUGUGGGCAAAUUCCCAGAAAUGCCGCACUCUAACUUCAGUAGUCAUAUUCUCAUACUGUUCUGCAUACAUUUCCGUUGUACUGACAAGGAGAAUUUGUUAAAGAAUCAAGAACUUACUAAGUUGUAGAUUGUUUCCUUCAUUCUUAUGACCUUUAUGCGGUUUGAUUCAGGGGUUAUUCUGUGAGGAUGAAUUAGAUGCCAGACACCCCAAGGGGUUCAAUAGGUAAUCCAGAGUUAGAUGGCGAGCUGAAUUUCAUUCUCUUGGUUUUUUAUAAAUUCUGCUUUCCUUCUACAGGAGAGACAACGGUUGGUCAGAAUGAUCAUGAUAUUAAACUAAGCGGUGCACUUGUUGCUGAAACGCACUGGUCAGUCGAUACUCAAUCAAAUCGAAUUUUUUGUUUUGCUUUGUUAUACAAUUUAAGUGUUAGUUACAUUAUGUAACUUGGGUUUUGUUUUUCCUUUUAGUGUCUUGCGGAAUAACGGGGACAAGGUUACAGUUUCACCGAUAGGUAAAUUAUAUCGUUCUUUUCUCCCUAUCGUGUAUUGAUCGCCGCUUAAUUCUCUUCUACCUGUUUUACGCAUCAAGCGUAAGUGAAACGGGCUAAAAGAAUGAAUACUGAGUGUGAUCUUCUAGGUGUGUUAUAGUAGAAACGCGAUUUUCGUUGGUCGAUGUCAGAAUGCACAUCCUGGUGGAAAUGUUUGGGAGAAAAUGCUUGCGCUUUUGCUUUUCUGCUCUGUUCGCCUUUUAAAGCCCUGAUUUAAACAAAGACGCUGAAGUCUGUGUGCCUUGAGCUUGUCAGGUUUAUGUUUUUGCUCGAGUAGCAACUGGAUGGUUAUUAUUGGUAUUGCUUCUUUUGUAACGACUUCAAAUUUUGCAUUUCUUCUCUCUUUUUGUUGUAGGAGAUGCACCAACUUACGUCAACGGUCAGCUUAUUGUAGAAGAAACAGUUCUUCAUCAUGUAAGUGACAUGAACUGUGAUUUAAUUUGUGGUCGAUAUUCUCUUGUUAUUUUAACACGUCCCCACUCUUUUGUUUGCAGGCUGAUCGUGUGGUUAUUGGAGGGGAUCACUUUUUCAGGUACUGGACAUUUCCAGCCUUCCUUCUUUCUCCCAUUUUCGUUUUCUCUUGUAUUGAUGGGAACAAACGAAUGAGGAGUUGUAUGAUUUCAAAGCGAUUCAAAAGGUUACCGCUGUCCAUCAACUGAAAUUGAUAACUACGUUUUUGUUUUAGAUUAAAUCAUCCUAAAGAAGUGAAGAAGAGAAAGAUGAGUAAAUCUGAAGCUCCAGAAGGGAGCAGUCCAGAGGCUGCUGUUUUAAAGGACUUCGAGUUUGCAAGGAACGAAUUGGCUCAAGCACAGAAUGCAAGGUAACUUUGGAUUAGUUUAGAGAGAUCUUUCGGUUUAGUUUUGACACUGAUACGGUACUGCUUUGUUUUUUCGUUACGUUUGGUCACUCGUAUUUUGCUUGUUUUGUGGGUUCUCAUCGGCUUCUUGUGGUAUUUCCUUUAUUGUAACUGGCCGUUGCGAUUACUUUGGAUUCGGAUUCGAUUUUACGAUACUCAUUCGAAAACUUCUGUACGUGGUGAGAGUGCCAGGGGGAGGGGGGGAAUCCAGUGAGGAUUUUUUUUGUUUUUCCUAAUGACGAUCAGUGUCGAUCGUCACAAUAAUAUACAGUGCAAUGAGUUGAUAAGGAAUCUCAGAAGGAAAAUUUUUUGGGAGCAUUAACUGUACAACAUUUCGCUGAUGGUAAAAGCGCAUGGUUUUAAACUUCUUCUCAUGAAUUAAAAAAAUUCGGUCCGGAUUGAUUUCAACUCUCUAGGCUUUUUAAUGGACAAUCUUCUUUCCUAUCACAGGCUGCAAGCGGAACUCGAGGAAGCCAAAGAGGAAGCGAGAAUCCAGGCUCAGGAGGAAAUAGUGGCUCGAAUUCAGGAAGCAAAGGUGAUCAUGAUCAUCAUCAUUGCGGAACUUUGAACGAGAGGAAAAUCGAUGGGUUUAAUAACCGUCCAUUUUUUUUCGAGCAGGAGGCUGCCCAGCAAGAAAUGACGGAGCAGAAGCAAAUCUACGAAGAGAAGGUGUCAAAUCUACACGAAGCCAUGGUGAGUGAUGAUUGUUUUAGUGGAAGCCUGUUCUUUCAAGGCUGUUAGUGCUAUUCAAUUAAUUGUCGGAAGUAAUCUGGGAUUGCGUUCUUUACCACACUCUGUGAUUAGUCUUAAAAACCUCGCGCAACCUCUUAACCAAUCGGAUGAAAAACUAAAACCAAUCACGAUUUGGUUACUCAAAUAGGAAUAGCAACAGUCGCCUUAUGCUACGAUAGCCUCUUACAGCCUCUUAAUAAAUGGAGACGAGCGAAGAGCCUGCAAGAGACAAACAGCGGUUGCAAUUGACAGAGAAACGGCUUCGUAAUAGCUUCCUUUCACGGACCUCCGCCGCUUUUCGUGCGCCCAAAUUUUUACUCGUUUCCAUUCUCCAAGAGUCUGACACAGGCUAACGCUACGAAGACUGGGCUGAGCUCCACUAGUGAUGGGCUGCUAGGGUUGGAAUAAUUGUUUUGUUGCCAAAGAUCGAUUUAAAAAUACAUUGGAAGGCUAAGUUGUUUCUUAUUUCAAUAGGAAUCUCUCACCACUGAAAAGGAACAAGCUGAACAGUCGAAGCAAACAGCAGUGGAGAAGAUUUCUGAAUUAGAGGCACACAGACUGGUCAGUUGAAAUUGAGCUGUUCCAAAAGUGUGAUGAAAUGCAUUCACUAUAAUCACAAAUCUCUCUUUGUUCGCUCUUUAUAUUUGUUCGACGGCUGCAUAAAUGACAGAAAAUAACUCUGCUCUCACUUUUCCAUAGCUUCUAGAACAAGAAAUCCUGAACAACAGAAAGAGACUACAAAUGGAAGCACUUGCUGCCAAACAGGUUAGUAGCCGGAAACUGAAAUUCUUAUCCUUUGAGUUGGUUGGUACUUGGGCUUAGAGUGUUACAAUUGUCGUCUUUUUAACAUCUUAAGUAGAGGAGAACUAACGAUCCUCGUAAGGGUUCAACAUGAUAUAAUGAGCCUUUUGCUCUCACCAUAAACUAACGAUCAUUGUAAGGGCUCAAUAUAAUAUAGUGAGCCUUUUAAUGUCACCAUGAACUAACGAUUAUCGCAAGGACUUAAUAUAAUAUAAUAUAGUGAGCUAUUUGAUCUCACCACGAACUAACGAUUCUCGUAAGGGCUCAAUAUAAUAUAGUGAGCCUUUUGAUCCCACCAUGAGUAAAAAACGUUUUCGCGGUACAAGAACCAAAGGCACGGACACUCUUCGUUGGUUGAUUCUUGUUCACCAUUCCACUUCACUCGGUGAAUGACGUAGCCAAGUUGUCACGUCAUGUCAAUACACUCCAGCAACUAAUGACCACCGAUCUUGUGUUGCUGUUGCUUUUGUCUUUGUAGGCUUUAGAAGAAACCAAAAUGAACCAGGUACGAAUAAUCACAGAAUUGGAAAAAGAAAAGAAGAAAAUGCAAGAUGAUGUACUAAAGCUGAAGGAGGCCAAGGUACGAAUAUACAAUAACAACAACAAUAACAACAACAACAACAACAACAAUCUUUAUUUGUUCUCUCUCUGGCCUUAUUAGCUAUAACAAAAAAAUGUGAAAAAUAAAAUUAGAGUGCUUGCUGCCUUGCCUACCGGAGUCAGGCAGCAGAGAUUCUCCACCCCGAAAAAAAUGCUGAUUAGUCGAUUCAAUUUACUAUUUAUUUCUGUAUUUUAAAGUUAUUCUGUACGAGUUUUGCUGUUGAUUAUGUAUUUUGUUUUGUGUCUUCAGCAAAACCGCGAGAAAAUACGAGAGGAAUUUAGGGCAUCUUUUAAUAGUAUGGGAAGGAAAAAUUCCUUAGCAGGUCAGUACAGUGAGCUUUGUUUCAGUGUUUGGUUGGGUUUUACGUGCACGAUGCUCCGAAUGCUUCACAAUCGGUCGAUUUUUCUUUAUUUUUGUUUGCUUUUGUUUCCUUCACGAAUGACUCGGUGCCCUCACUUUCACAGAUGAUCCAAACAAGAAGGAAUUGUUGCGUAUCACCAUGUCUUUAAGGGAGGCCAACAAGAUCAGCCAAAGCUUAUCAAAAAACAUCGUAAGUGUCCUUCUCCAUGUUUGAACCCUAAAGUAAUUUCAGUUGACUGUUUAAAGUAACUUGGGAUUACUUUCGGUUUUAAUUUUUUUUUUAAGUCGUCAUGACUUUGGUAAAGCAUUCUCGCUAUUGCUUUCUCCUUCGAUUUCCUUUCGUAUCUGUUUGUCGUUGAUUAUUGUACACCCCGUUCUUCCCCACAUCGUUCUUUCAUUUCUAAAAUUUUGAGAUUUUCUUUAUACCAUUGCAGACCUUUAGCCGGGAUGAUGUCGUAGUCGACGGAAAGGUAAUUUUGACUGCUCACGUGAGCUUUUUAUUUUAACAUUUUAAAUCUGAAUCGUUGCUUUGUUGAAAUCAUGUUCCUUUUUCACACCAGUACAGUCAUGAUUUUGUGCAUCAAUCCCACGACUGAAAUGAUCUUCAACUUCUUUAACACUUCAAAGCAGGUCACGUUGCUUUAAUAAACUUACGCUAGCACGCGUAUCCAGUCAACACGAAUCACCAUUACUCUGAGCUCCCUGGCCAAAAUUGUUUAUUUUCCAACGAUUAGUUUCCCUUUAUUUCUUUCAAGAAAUUUACUAGAGUAGUGGUUUAAUUCAGACAAUUGACAUGUCUAGUAUCACGGUUUUGAUUGAUAAUAACGUUCUCUAAUUUCUAUAAAGAACUGUUUCAGAAUAAUGACAACAAUGUUAGAUUUGGCAAAUCUGGCUGUACAGUUCUGAUUAAUAACGAAGUUCCUUUAUUUCUUGAAGAGGUCUAACAGAAUAGUAGAAGGCCUGUGUGUGUGUUGGGUGGGGGGAGAGACUGUAACCCUCGUGUCAUGUUUUUUUACAUUUACCAUCUAACUCAACACCCCUUUGACCCCUAACAUAAUAUAAUAGCAUGUAAUUUCUCCUUACAAUAUAGCCCCUGAAUCACGCGUAAACGUCAAGAGAAUUAUGGAAAUGUCACCAACUAAAGAAGCUAUUGAUUGUUAAGCAAAUUCUUCAUGUCAGCAGCUUAGUAAAUGUACAGAGAAAAGUGAGGAGAAUGUGCAUACUGAUGUCAGGGUAUAUAGGGUUAACUUUGUGCAUUUUCCUGUAUCGAUAGUCGGAAAUGAAGAUUCGUUUGAACAAUACAAAGAAAGGUUUAACAACCCUUUGGUCCUUGGAGAAAUUUCAAAGUGCCUUGGAACAGAUGAGAGAACUUUACCAGGUAUUAUUAGAGUAGAGGACUUCCUCUAGUAGGAUUUGUUGUGGAUGAGAAUGAAAAUUAUUAAGUGACGCACGAGGAGUUGGUAGUGGUUGUUUUCUUUCUCUUUAAGUUUCCGAUUCUUUCGUUAGCUCUUUUCAGUCGAUCCCAAAUACUACACGGAAUUUAAGAUGGUGUUGAGAACAGAAUCUUUUUUAAAACACAAUUGUCCCAUUUUUCUGUGUAAUACGGCUCUUAACUUGCCUAUAUAGUAUACAGUAUGACACAUUGAUCGUAAUGUCGAAGUAUGUGUUUUAAAAACCCUCUCUUUGUUUUUUCCUUUUUACUUUAUUCAAAACAGCAACGUGAUAAUGACAGCAUAUCAGGAGAGUCUGGGGACGAAGUUGAUCCUUUUAAUGACCCGGAUGAUAAAUGGGAGAAGGAUUUCAAAUUGGACUCGGGAACUAACAGGUAUAUGUGGCUACUCUCCUUCAAAGUCAUAUUUAAAGCGGUAAUAAUUGUAGUCUGCUAAGAUCUUACUCUAAUAUAACUCUUUAUCAUAACUUGUUUUUUUUAAUCUUCUGCAGACGCAGUACUUCCACCAGUAGUUCAGGGCUGUCAGGUCGGACCAGGUCAUCCUCGACUGGAAAGGCACAAGGUAGGUCCUGACAUUUCUUCCGAUUUAACCAUUUAAGCAUUUCUAGUGGAGUGUUUUCAUUUUUGUUUGAGCCUGGUGUUUGAUUCAAACGAUAACCAUGUUUAACCGCACCUUUUGUUUCAGGAUUUUCUCCUAAUAAAGCGGAAAGUAUAUUCGCCAAGUAUCGUAAUAAACAGACCCUGGGGUUACCUACAGAGGCUCCAGAGGCACCUUCUGAUGUCCCAGGGACUUCAUCUGAAAGGCCUGUUGUUACAGACACGCCCAGCAGACCUCCUAUGGCUCCAAUCGAUAGGCGAAGUAAGGGUAAUCUUUUCCAUCUACUCAUCGAUUCGUUCUGUUGAGUUUUUUCGGGCUAAAAUCAAUUUUUUAAUUUUCUGUUUACUUUUUUUUUCAACGUGGAAUUUUUAAUUUUCGAAGCUUACGAUAAACUGUCUUCAUACCUUUCUUCAAUGAGUGCUUUUUGAAUGACUGUGACCAAAGCGAUCGCUACAGCCAAUCAGAAGACUGAAAAUAUUAUAAGAAGCCAAUGAGAACUCAAAGUCAAAAUUGCUCUUUGGCAAACCUCGAAUUUCUCUUUUUUUUCCACUGUUUACAGGAAGCGAAACCAGACGACCUGGACCGUCCUUACCAAGACUUUGUAGAGAUUCACUGAAGAAUUAUGUGGAGUCAUUGAAAGGUAUAUAUUAAUGCAAUGAAAGUUACCCAAUUAUCGAUCGGAUUGUUAAAUUUAAUUUAAUUUAAUUUUGUUUAAUUUAAGUUGACAUCUUGUCACAGUAAUCCUGUUUAACCGGUUAGAUUGGUAUACAUGAUUUUUGUAGAUUGUCAGUUGUGUAUGUUUUUGCACGGAGUAAGAUAAAUUUCCUUAAGUGCUUGGUCACUAAUGCGACACCAUGAUGUUUUUUUUUCAGAUCUAUCAGAUCCGUUUGGCGAGCCAAUGUAUGAGAAAAUUUUGAGAGUCGUGAAAGAGAUUAAAAAAAGUGUUACCACCAUCGUAAAAGCAUUUCAAGAUAAAGAAACGUCUGUUGGAGGUGAGGAAAACCUAUUUAACCCUUUAGCUCCCAAGAUCUCAUUAGUAAUUCUCCUUAAUGUCUGCCAUAUAGUUGUUGCGAUGUUAGUUUGGAGAAUUUGAUAUUAGAUCAACAUAUAAUCCCCUAAUUAAUAUUUUCCUUUAUUCUCAUAAAUUGUCUGCUUGAUAUUGUAUCAAUAUUGUGAAGAGAAAUUCUGUCUUGAUCACUCAUGGGAGUUAAAAGGUUAAGGUAUCAUGGUGGGUUAUGUCUAGUGAGAGUAGUCAUUGUUUAUAUUUCUUGCCUAAUGAUGAUUUCAUCACACAAACGAGGUCUUCUUUCAACUUGAAGUCAUACGUCCUCCAAAACAUUUGUCGAGAUCGCCUCAAGUUUGUCAUGGCGUUAUUUUUGCCAAGCUUCAUAAAUUUAGAAGAAAAAUUCCGAGCUUGGGCGGACUUUGGCGACUUACAAAAGGAGUAACUGAACACCUGAACACAAAUGCGUGUUUCACCCGAUAUUAGAUCUUAAGGUGCCUUUCGGGGUUCUCUUUCAGAAAGUUUUUGUAUAUGUCUACCUUUCUAAUUCAUUGUGUGUAACAAUUAUCUUUCUGUUAUCUUCAUUUAAUCGCUUUCGUUUUUCAGGUCUCCAAACAGAAGGUCAACAGUGCUGUGUUUCUGCCAGCAUCUCCGUACAAAUGCUCGUCGAGCAUGUGCGAAUGUGGGGCACCACUGAAAUCACUAAUGAGCCGUUUGUUGAGUUGAGCUCUCAGCUCCUUGAUACUAUCAAGCGAUUGGCUGGUCACGUGAUCAGCAUCAUCGAGGUAGGAGGGUUUUAAUUUUUUCUAUGUUUUACCUACAGUAAUUUUGCAUUCCAUAACAUGUGAUCUUCUUGGUAUUUAUAUUGUUGGAAUAUCUGUGGAUCCCUUGAAAAACUUCUAAACAUCGUUGGUUUAACGAGUUACUGAAUACUAAGGGCGCUUUUCGAUUGAGUGACGUAAAACAAAACGAAGGUAUCACAAGGACCAAUCAGAAGAAAGGAAAAUACCUUUAGGAGCCAAUGAGAACUCAAAUAAAAUAAAAUAAAAAAAGAACCGGAAGCGCGAGAAAACGCGGGCGACUACGUCGAGAUUGGUUUUAGUUUUGCAUCUUAUUGAUCUGAAUUUUUGACAGAGUGGCGUGAGUUUUCUGGACCAAUCAAAAAGCGCAGAAAAACAAAACCUGUGCAAUCUCGAAUUUCUUUGGUCACUCAAUUGAAAACUGCAGUAUUACUUAGGCUGGUACAGUGUCUAAUGAAAAUCAUGAGGAAAUACCGUAAUCUUCAUAACAAUCUGUGUCUAUUCAUUUUAACUCGGCCGUGCUUAUUUUCGUUUAGAUCCUGGAUGGUUCGAGUACAAACACAGACGUUCUUGUUGCUGCUUUCACCGAUGACGUCAGACACAUCGUACGUCAAACGGCCAAAAUGGCUGUUCUGUCUUCACAAGAAGAAAAACCAAAAGACGGGAAUACCUCCGUGUGUGAGGAUGACAGUGAAUUAAACAAAGCGUUUGUAGAGGGACAAGACAUGUCGAUGGAGAUUUCUGUUCGUGACUCUAUAUCUGCUAUCAAUGAAAUUCAGGAACAAAUUCAAACGGACAAUUUGGACUCUGGCAGUACUGGGGUAUGUACGAAGAAGCCCUUCGUGUUUAAUCGGUUGUUUUCGUUUCUGAUUGGCUCGUAAUUUAAUUGAUAUGCAUCCGUCAUCCAGUAAUUUUUGGACCGACAUAAGGUCUCUCCGUUUUUCCGAAAAAGUUGUUGUUGUUGUUGUUUUUUGCUUCUAUCACAAACUGACCACUUUCUUCUCACGCUACCUUGAUACAAUAAGUGAACAACAUUUUUUUUUUAUCUAGAUGGAAAGAGAAAUCACAGAACAUGUUCUCGCUCUCGUAAGAACCACCGGCCAUUUUAUUCAUCAGGGACGUGAAGUGCAGGUAAAUAUUUUGCCCCUCUUUCGAUUAGGUGUUGAAGUUAUGUCAUUACUCGGGGAAGGCUUUAGCGAAAGAGAAGAUGAAGGACAGUUUCGACCCCGUACUAUCAGUUUCAGCCCCCUCUGAUACUGCCGCAAGAGCUGACCAGCUUUACAAUUACACCGGAGCUCUUUUCAAAUGAAUUCCGAAAACCAAAGUAAAGGAAAUCCCAGCAGAUAAUCCGAAGAAAGGAGCUAAUGUGUUGGAUAUUAAACGUUGGAAAACUAGGAUGGCCAAGAGACUUGGUCAACUUCGUUUUCCAACGUUUGACUUCAAGUCGCUUUUGCUUUUGAUUCGGUGAGGAGGAGGUAGAACGAGAUUUCUCGACCAAUCACAGCGCGAUAAAGCAAAUUGAACAAUACACGAUUUAUUCCAGAUUUCGGUCGAGAGAUAUGUUCUGUGAUAUUAGGUGUAGAUGAGUCAACGGUGGACCUGGUUAAUUUUGUUAAAAAUAUUACUCUUUGUUCUACAGAUGCAAUUAGCAACAAUCUCCAAUGACCCCAGCUGCAAAAAGGACACAGGACUCAAUCGACUGGUAUCUGUAAAAAAGUUUGUAAGUAGUGUAAACACACUGCUCCAAAGGACAAGAGAUUUAGCCUCGAACGUGCGGAGGGCCUGCGAUGAUAUGGAUUUAGAAAAACUUGUUUCGAUACCAGAAGAAAUCUGCUCAUCGGUGGGAAAUAUUGUGCGGCAAAAACGAGCGUUUAUCGAGACAGAAUAUUCAGUUUCUGUAGGGAGUAAUCAAGAUAUUUUGGACGAAAUGGAAUAUUUGGAAAAGAAAUGUGAGGACGUUGAAUUAGCGGCGGGGAAUUUGAGGAAAACAGUGACCAAAUUUUUGUUCCUGAGUCCGGCGCCGAAGUCUUUGCAGAAAAAGAGAAUCUACAAAGUUUUUGGAACUGAGGAUGAUCACUCGGAGGACACAUUUUACUCUCCGUUUAUCGGAGGAUCAAAUCAUACCCGGACACCUUUGGUAUCACGCAGUAAAAACGACUUAAUCAGCGGAAAAGAAUCGAGGAGCACGCGCAAACUGUGGAGCAAAGAAUCACCGCUUUAAUUAAUUCGUCAGGACACGUAACUGUUUGAACGAAAAAUGUGCUAUUUCUCUGAAGAUCGAUUACUGAAGUUAUUUUCAGUAUUUCAAGAUUAUUAUAAUAAUACUCUCAAAUUGGUCAAAAGACCCUAAAUUAUUAUUUCAGACGAAAGUAUUUAUUUUCUCAUCUUUGAUAAUUCUUGUCUGAAGGCAUAAGUGUUGGAUGCAUAUGAAAAGCAACACAUAAAACACACGCAUAAGGGUCAGCACAAACAUCAUACUUAUUCAGGUGAAUCCUGAACCGUACUUGUUUAUGUUUGUAGAACAGAGAAAACCGAGAUAAAUACGAAUGUCUUCAUUUCCGUAACAAAACCGUCAAUAAUACUGGUGGCCCUUUGAAUCACGAUCAAGAAAAUAAAUACGCAAAGAUAAUUUUUCCUUAUUUUGCCCAUUUGUCAGAAUCUCAAACUACCAUUGGCUGAGCUACGAAGCUACAUGUUGGAAGCGAGGCACGUUAUCGUGGAAUGCUUUUCUCGUAAAUGAGUCUAAUCACAAUUGUACGGGAGAUAUAGCGAAAGAUGGAAAGAAUAGAAUGUUUUCUCCUUCGCGUGAAACCUUGCGCUUCGUGCUCAUCAUCGGUCACUUGCGCUUUGCAAUUGUUUCCCAGAGUGAAGGCGAAAGCCUGAGGAGAGGGUAAAUCAUUAGAAAUAGCUGGAACUGAAGGACAACUGGAUGUCGAAAGCGAAGGCUAUUAUGAACCGCUC